GAGACAUGCGUAUGUUGCUAGAGAAUACUAUUCUAAUUUUAGAAAACGGCCUAUCCAAGAGUAACACAUUUCUUUCUGACUUCUAAACUUAAUCAAGAAAAAGAUAAGCACGAAUAUCAAGGGAGGAAUCUUAACAAGCAUGCGUUCUAUACGGUUACUAUCCGGGUACGAUAUGCCUACAGUGGGAUUGGGAACGUGGCAGGCUAAACCGGAAGAAAUCGAGAGAGCUGUGAGCACCGCUCUGGAAUGUGGCUACAGGCAUAUCGAUACAGCAACAAAUUAUAAUAAUGAAGAGGCAAUUGGCCAAGCUUUAAAAAAAUGGUUUGAAAAAGGUGGUACUAGGAAGGAACUUUUUAUCACGACCAAGCUGCCGCAUUUUGGCAAUCGACCAUCCGACGUAGAAAAAUUCAUCAAGUUAUCGUUGGAGAAACUCGGAUUGGAUUACUUAGAUAUGUAUCUUAUUCAUUUGCCGUUUGCGUUUAAGUUUGACGAAAAGACAGGUGGUGCAGCAACUCAUGAAGAUGGAAGUUACGUACUCGACUUUGAUACAGAUCCUGUCUCAGUAUGGAAGGAAAUGGAAAAGCAAGUUGAAUCAGGUCGAACCAGAUCCAUAGGUUUGAGCAAUUUUAAUGAAGAGCAAAUUUUGACUGUUUGGGAAAACGCACAGAUUAAACCAAGUAAUCUACAGGUGGAGUUACAUGCGUACAUGCAGCAAAAGUCGAUUCGAGAUUUAUGCAAAAAAUAUAAUAUUGUCAUAACGGGUUACAGUCCAUUGGGUUCUCCAGCUGCUAAGACGCACUUUGAGACAAAAUAUAAAUAUACUUUAGAAAAAUCACCUGACUUAUUAAACCAUCCGGUUGUAAAAGAUAUUGCUGUGAGACAUAAGAAGACAGCAGCGCAGGUCUUAUUACGUUAUUUGCUGCAGCUGGACAUUGUAAUUAUUCCCAAGAGCUCGUCUCCCGAGAGAAUCAAAUCAAAUAUAGAUUUAUUUGAUUUUGACUUAUCAGAGGAUGAUAUGAAAGCCUUGAGUACUUUAGAUGAAGACACUAAUGGAAGAAUUUUUAACUUCUUAUUUUUUAAAGGAAUUCAAGAUCAUCCACAUUAUCCAUUUAAAAACGAACUUCCAUAAUUGUAAAUUAAUAUACGAAUUAUUAGUUUUUUAAUAAAAUAGUUGAAAAAAAAAUUAUGUAACAUUCGCAACAAAAGCACAACAUUAUACGUAUAUAAAUUAGGGACGUUUUUUUUUCAAUGCAAUCUGUAC